UGGCACUGCAGUUUCUGUCUCCUGGUUUUUGCUUGGCCCAGGUCACUGUCCUACUACAGUCUAUGAUAACAAUUUAUAGUUACCAUAUGGAUGUCAUUCUGUAAAGUCACAAGGAAAAAAAAAAAGACACUAGCUGAAGUCCAGAAUCUUCAGAAUGAGCAUCGUGGCUAAUAAAGGUAAAAGAUCAGAAUGUUUCCUGAGAUUUGUCGCCCUCCUGCUCAUUCAUAUGCAAGUGGUGAACUCACAAGGACUUCCUGAAAUUUCAGACAUGUUUGUUGAGUUUAGCUACAUAGAUGGACAAACGAACAAUUUAAGGGAAAAAAGAGAUGUGAACGCAGACAUACUACAAUAUAUUAUAAUUAUAGAGGUGAAUGUGUCACAAGCAAUUUUCUUUGAUCAAAUCAAAUCAUCACUGGAGUCCUUCAGUCCUUUCCAAGUAGACAACACCACAGAAAUUGAUAGCCUAAACAUUACAACAGUGUGCAGUUUGAAUGGUACUGAAUAUCAGUGCAGUUGUGAAGAUCAGUAUUUUUGGCCGAGUGAAAAGUGCACACUGUUUGUUUCUUGUGGUAACAUCACCAAUUCCUCAUGUGGCUGCAUCAACACUCUUCCAAACGAUGGACAAUUCUGCCAACCAUUCAAUGAUCUGCUGACUGAAUAUCUGAUUUUCUUUGAGAUUGAUGCAGUAAAUGUGACAGUCGUAAAUGAACUAAGGAACAUUCUGGAGACACACAGUUUACCCUUUAUAAACACUAACAUCAAUAUCACUGAAAUCAACGUUACUACAGUGUGUUAUCUACGUGUUUUUGAAUACCAGUGUUUAUGUCAGGAUCAUUAUCUCUGGACACUUGAAAAGUGUAUUACAUAUGGCUCGUGUUACUACCAAUAUGAAGGAGCAUGUACCUGUCUCAAUGCCCUUCCCAGUGAUGGACAGAUGUGUGUUCCAAAGAGUGUGUGCAGUCUGAAUGGUGCUGAAUAUCACUGCUGGUGUCAGGGUCAGUAUUUCUGGCCAUGUGAAAAGUGCACACUGUAUGGACCUUGUGAUAACGUCACCAACACUUCAUGUGGCUGCAUCAACGCUCUUCCAAAUGAUGGACACUUCUGCCAGCCAGCCAAUGAGCUGACCUGUAUGUAUGAAAAGUAA